GCUACUGGACGCUAUUUGUUCCAACUGAUUCUUCUUUCUUCUUCUUGCCCGGGGGUACAUUGGAGAACUUGAAGAGGAAUCCUCAGCAGUUGAGGGACUUCAUUCUCUACCAUUUCGUUAGUGGAGAUCUCCCCUCCUCACAAAUCGUCAACGAACUCCUCGUUGACUCAGUACAAGGAGCACCCCUCCGAUUCAACAUCUAUGGACAGUUAAUUACAGUUUCUGGAGCGCAGAUAGUGGAGAGUGAUUUACAGUAUGAAUUGGGUAGAGUACACAUAGUGGAUCGUCCACUUCAUCCUAUUCCAACCGGAGAUACAGUAUCGUACUUGAGUACAUCACACAAACGGUUGUACAGGUUGCUCCUCGAUGCCGGUCUAACUGACUACCUUUCAA